AUGGCUAUGGUGCAUCCCUCUCGCAUGGGACUUGUCCCAAGAGACCCUGAACCGUCUCAAAAUGACCGUCGUCGAGGUCGCACGCCAUCCCCUCGCCGUCCUCGUCGUAGUCCGACACCCACACGAAGUCGAAGCCGGGAUCGCAGAGGCAGAGGAAGGCAUGAAGACAGAUCUCAAAGAGAUGAGUACGAACAUCGCGGCGAUAGAAGAACCAAUGUGGAGCGAAGAGCAAGCCCAGAAUAUGAUGACUACAGGCGACCGGAGUCGGGUCGUGAGGCGCCAUGGAGACAACCCGAAAAUAUGUACCCUAAUCGUCGAGGUGGAGGUGAUAGUGGAUUUCACGGUGGCUCAAAAGGUGGAGGUACCGAUUUCAUGGAAAGUCGGAGGUUGCAGAGGGAGAGCAUGACUGUUAAUGUAUGGCCUCCAUCUCCAAAGGCACCUGCGCGCUCAGUGUCGCCGAAGCGCAAGAAGUCCAGUAAAAAGUCUAAGCGCGCAAGGUCCCCCUCAAUCACGGAUGAUUCGUCCGAAGAAGAGGAAAGACGCAGACGUGAGAGGAGAAAGAGAAGAGAGAGGGAGCGAGAGAAGAAAAAAGAGAGUAAACGACAUCGUUCUCGCUCUUGGCGGUCGAAGGAGCUUGAAGAUGACGAUGAAAAAGAGCGCAAGCGGCAUAGACGAAGGCACUCAGAGAGUAGGAGCCCGAGCGUAGAACGCCGACGACGCAGUGGAAGUCGUGGCCCAAGUCCAGGUCGAAACGCUUCCGAUGAAGAGGAAUGGGUCGUCAAAUCCCCUAUCCUUCCUGCCGUCGCGGCGCGAAACACUAGUGCCUCAACACCAAAUGACGUUCGUGGUCCACAGGCAGGAGAUGGCGACUCCGACACAGAAGUUGGACCUCAGCCUAUUGCUAAGCCCAACUCGUCUAAGAAAUUUGACGAGCGUUCUUACGGUGGUGCAUUGCUUCGGGGCGAAGGUAGCGCCAUGGCCGCUUUCUUACAGGAGGGUGGCACAGAUGCGCGCAUCCCUCGUCGCGGUGAAAUCGGUCUCACGUCCGAUGAGAUUGCCAAGUAUGAGGAUGUUGGUUAUGUGAUGAGCGGCAGUCGCCAUCGACGUAUGAAUGCCGUUCGUAUGCGGAAGGAAAAUCAGGUCAUCAGUGCCGAAGAAAAGCGGGGCAUUCUCAAGUUGCAGAGGGAGGAGAGGGAAAGACGGGAAGCAAUUUUGCGAGAGGAAUUCAGCGAACUCGUAGAGGAGCGGUUGAAGGGUCCAGAUGCUCGACCAGCUAGGCCCUCAUAA